GAAUUACAGAAAGCAAAUUUUCUUGCAACUGAUAUCUUCUCCAAAGUCUGGAAUAAUAGAGAUUAUCAAUGGCGGCUUCUUCUGAUAGUUGUUCUUCGUUUUCAUGUCCUCCAUUUUGUUCAACCUCUUCAAAGAAUCCACCAUUCCCUACACUCUCCUUACUCUCUUUACUUCUUUCAUUCUUUCUCCUUUCAGUCACUCUUUUCCUUCUCUUAAUCUUAAAACGUCUCAACAAAAGGGUAGAAAUAGAACAACAUGACCCACAAUCUCAAACCUCCAUUUCAAGCCUUAAACAAUCUCUUUCAAGUAUUUCAAAUAAAACCCAGAAUUCAAAUCAAUUGAAUUCAACCCAAUUGUCUCAAUCACUCCUUUUGGAGGUUUCACCAUCCAUUUCUAAUGAAUGGGUUACUCUAUUUUCUCCGGUUGAUACUGGGUCUCAUUCGGGUUGUUCUGAUGGGGAGGAUGAGAUUAGGGAAGGGAAGAAAAAUAAGAAGAAUACAAGGAAAGGGAAGAAGAAUUUGGUUAAUGUUGAGGAAAAUAGAGAGAGUAAUGAAAAAUUAGUGUGUUUGUACCCAUUUACAUCAUCUUCUAGUGCUGCUCAGAGGAAGAUCAAACAACAGUAUGAUCAAUUGGUUAAGUCUCAUGAAUCCAAAGAACUCACAUUUGCUCAGGUUGGCCAGUUUGUUAACUGCCUGGUUGAAGCUAAGAACGGGCUACAGCAGAAGUCCGAGUGUAUCAAACGUAAAUUUACAAUAACCAAAGCUUUAUUACUCAAGGCUGAUAGAUCUUCAUUCGACCGAUAUCGACAGCAGAUAUGCAAGCUAGAACUUGAGCAGAAACGAUUAGAAGAGGAUGCAUUUGUUUAUAAUUGGCUUCAACAUCAGCUUAAGCUCUCGCCCGCUUACAAGAAGAUGGUUGAACUUGGGGCUUGCAUGGAGUUGAAAGCCAAGUCCAGUGAGUUGAUGGAAAAUCCAGACAAUGAACAGAAUCGCAUAUCGUUUGAGGAUUUUCUAGCACAAGAGAAAACGGAUACGUUCUGGAAAAAAUAUUCGAAACUUAAAUCGUGUUGAGGACGAUCUUGCUCAUACCCCUCUUUCCUUCUCGCUAACAACGGUGAUCAGAAUCACCCAACCGACACAUUUAUCGUAGGGCUGGUACCCAAGCUCUGAAGCAAGCGUCUACACUUACAGACUACAGUUUUUGGAAUUUAGAGUGUAGAGUUUUAUCUGAUUUACAGUUUGCUUACAAGGAUUUCAGCGUAGCGGAUGAUAAUUACAUGAUUAUCGAUAAAUUGUGUUUCAUUUCGAUGAUUAAAUCGAUAGGUUUCGUAAAUGCGAUUGUGAUACAUAUUGCCAUUGUGCAUUUUUAUAUAUGGCUAGCCUAUACUAAUUUCUAGAA